AUGUGGAGAAACAUUGAAAAUUUCUCCAUCAAUAACCCGAGUGUUUCCUACAGGCCUACCAAUCAUCAAUACAAAAUCAAUUUCAUUUAUGGCACUGAUAUCACUCCAUCAACAAUCCUAAACGACAACAUGUUCCUGAGUUUGGUGGAUUUCCAAACUAUUCAGAGUGGAGUGGAAGAUCCAAACAUCUUAAUUGAUGUUAUUGGACAAGUGUCUGAUUUGGGAGCUCUAGAGACAGUUCAGUGCUCGGGUAAAGCAAGAAAGAAAAUCGAAUUCAGUUUGACAGACCUUGUUGGCCAUAGGAUUACUUGCUGUCUGUGGGGAAAGUUUGCUGAAAGCAUUAAAGCUAACUGCGAUGCAGCUGGUGAAGAUUCGGUUAUAUGCCUCCUAUGUUUUGUGAAAAUUGGGACUUAUAGAAAUGAGAUUCAAAUUUCAAACUCAUAUGAUGCUUCUCAAGUCUUUUUCAACCCGCCAAUAAUGGAGGCUGAGGCAUUUUUGAAAAG